UAUGUUGAGUUUUGUUCCAAUUCAUAUAUUCUUGUGGUCAUUAUUCUGUUUCUUCAUGAUUGUUUAUGGAGCUGAAUUAGGUGACAUCAAUUGCCUAAGAGAAAUCAACAACUCAUCGGACUCAUCUAAUCAAAUAUGGGAUUUCAAUUUCAAUAUCAACACCAUAGAUUUGUGCUCAUCAUUCACUGGUAUUGAAUGCAUGACCAGUGGUAUUGAUGAAGAAAAAGUAAUAAGUAUCAAGCUUUCUAACAUGGGGUUAGAAGGCCAAUUUCCUCAUUGCAUUGAGAAUUUCUCAUGGCUGCAGAAUCUGAACCUUUCACACAACAAGCUCUUUGGGAAUAUCCCACCUGAUAUUUCAAGUAAGCUUCCAUAUCUAACCUCACUUGACCUAUCAAACAACAACUUUUAUGGUGAAAUCCCAAAGGCUAUUGCAAACUUGUCUUACUUGAAUACCCUUAGACUUGAUGGUAACCAGUUAAAUGGAACAAUCCCAAAAGAACUUGGCUUUCUUCCAAGGAUCACAGUGUUCAGUGUUGCAAACAAUUUGUUAUCAGGGCCAGUGCCUGUGUUUGUGAACAAUAAUGUUAAUGUUACCUUGAGCUAUGUCAAUAAUAAUGGACUCUGUGGGGGAACAACAUUGGAAAGCUGUGAUGAAGAGAGCUUAUUUGGUAAACCCUUUUGGUAUAGUUUUGUUAUUGCUUUUGUUUGUUCAGCAACUUCUGUCAUAGUAACUUUCAUGGACUAUACUCAACCUUGGAAUGAAUUCAAAAAGAGUAGUAGGAAGAGUAACACCAUAUAUCCCUUGAGAAAAGAACAGAACAACCAAAAGCAUACCACUAAUGUAGCUCAAUUGCUUCCACUGGCUUUGCAAGAGGAAGGAAAUAAAGAGCUCUGUAGAUUGUUGGAGAGAUUGAUACCAAGAAUGAGCUUCAUGGAGCUUUGCAAAGCAACUAACUACUUUAGCUCAAACAACAUCAUGGGGUUAGGAACAACAGGGAUAAUGUAUAAGGCAGAGGUUUCAAAUAACUGUUUGAUAGCAGUGAAGAGAUUCUAUUAUUCUGACAAGUACAAGAGACAAUUCUUGCUUGAAACAAUGAUUCCAGGGAGACACAUGCACCGAAACAUAGCCUCUCUGCUUGGAUUCUGCAUAGAGAAGAAGGAGAGGAUACUAGUCUAUAGCUACAUCUCAAAUGGAACAUUAUGUCACUGGUUACAUAAUUCUCAAUUGGAAUGGCCUGAGAGGAUUCACAUUGCAAUUGGGAUAGCAAGGGGAUUAUCUUGGCUUCACAAAAAGUGCAAGAUCAUACACCUCAAUCUAUCUUCUGAAUGUGUCUUGCUAGACAAGAAUUUCGAGCCAAAAAUUUCGAAUUUCGGCAAAGCAAAGUUCAUCAUGAACCAAAAGAAUCAUGCAAGGAUGAGACUGUUUCUGGUUGAUGAAGUCAUUGGGGUGAAGGGUUCUUUUGAGAAGGAUAUCUAUGACUUUGGAAUAAUCCUUUUUGAGCUUAUAACAGGACAAAAAUUAAGCAUAAGUAGUGAUUCUUGUUCUACUAAUUAUGAUGAUGACAUUGGUGUUGAUAAUAGCUCUUUGAGGAGCUAUAUUAGCAAUAGGUUGUUCACUGAUCCUAGUGAUUUUUAUUAUGCCACUGACAAAUGCAUAACUGGGAAAGGGUUUGAUGAUAAAAUUCAUGGCCUCCUAGAAGUUGCAUGCAAAUGUGUUAAACCUUCUAUGGAACAGAGGCCAAAGAUGGAUGAUGUGUAUAGAACUAUUACAGACUUGUGGAAAGGUUGAACCUAUGCAGCAACGAUAUAAUAGACUGUAUUUGA